AAUGAAUUCAACAACCAAGCAUCGAGUAACGUAGCGACUUCUGUGUUCUGUGACCCCCAUGCCAAUUCUCCCGUGGCAGCCGCGCACUGGCAGCACAGUUCUAUUUUGCACCGAAUCCUCAUCCUCAACCCCAUCUAUAUCGCCAUUGUCAUUAGCAUUGCGAUCGAGAUCACCAUCCCCAUUGAAAUUGCCACCAACACCAUCUCCACCCUCUAGACGCCCUCCGACACUUCACCCUGGACAUUCCGAGAACCCUGACGUUGUGAACAGAAAUCAUGUUUCACAAGAGAUGCCGGCGCAAGAGCCUCAUCUUUUCCAUACCACCCGCGCCAUCUCAUCAAUGGAACCCAUGCAUCGGCUUCCUUGGGUGCUCGAGCUUCUUGAGGAACUUUCUCAAUUUGGUGCUGCUCGCAACCUCAAUGGCCGCGUGACACAGCGACGGGCUCUAGUAGGUCAAGGGAGUUACGCAAAAGUAUAUCGAGGGGACUUUGGAAUGCAUACCGUCUGUAUCAAGGUUCUAAAGGAAAUACACAUUUCAUCGGGCCAGGAUGUCAUAACCAAGUUUUGCAGGAGAAUGCUGCGUGAGGUGAAGGUUUGGGCAGCAUUGAGGCAUCCCAACAUCGUCGCAUUCCAUGGAUGGAUAUUAGAGUUUUCUGACGAGGACUACACCACGUGUGCGAAGCUGAUUUCAGCUUGGUGUGAGGGAGGAACCGUUUUGGAGUACACGGGACAGGCUCCAAAUGCUGACCGCCGUCGACUGGAAAUGGAUGUAUCUGAAGGCCUGACGUAUCUUCAUUCAAAGGAUGUAAUUCAUGGCGAUAUUAAGCCGGAGAACAUUGUGGUCAACGCAGAAGGGAGCGCUAUGCUCUGUGAUUUUGGGCUGUCAAGCGUACUUGACGAUCUCUCGACAUAUGCAGAAGGAUCUAGCGCCGUCGGUACUUUACGAUACACUUCCCCUGAACUACUCAGUUGCCAUGUCCAAGAUCGCGACAGAAGAAGCGACGUCUGGGCGUUUGGCUGUGCAUCUGGACAGGUGCUUUAUGACAAAAGGCCAUAUGCCACAGCGCUUAACAUCUUCGAAGUCCACCGUGCAGUGGUCAAUGGUGAAGCUCCCUAUGAGUGGGACGAGUGUGAUGAAUUCCUCGCCAAUAUCGAAAGAUGUCUCAAACAGGACCCAGAAGAGCGACCUACUAUUGAAGAAGUGACUCAAAAUUUCAGAAAUUGCAUAGCUGUUAAGUUUAACUCCCUAACACUCCGCUGCUGAAGCGAGCGAGCACAUCUGGGGAUCAAGCUAAAUGUUGCAAAUUUAUUAUGCUCUGUUUGUGACAGUCAUUGCAUAUGCUACGGCAUAGGGAAUGGGGAUAAACACAUGGUAGUAGAUAUGUCAGGUUUGCCAGAGUGUUGGGCCUGGUAGUAGUUGUAGGCUAUGGUGACCGAGUCAAAGGUCGGUGGUUACCAGCCGCUACCACUUAAUGUUGUUGAACCGGUUCCAGACCCUUACCCAGUUCAUUGUCACUCUGUGGAUGCGCAAAAUCUGAGACUAAGUAUGCACAUCUGGUAUGAUUGAACCCAUUGAAUGUUAAAUCACUUUC